AUGAUCUCCUUUCUGAGGGAGAAGAAUUUUAUCUCAGUUCUCAUACUGUGCUAUAUCGCGACUAUCACCUUGGUUGAUACGGCAGGUACACUUAGUGGAGAUAAAAUUAUUUUUUCUCCACUCCGCAGAGGAAGUAACUAUACCUUGGAGAAAGCUAAGAGGGACUGGUUUGUGGCCAGCUUUGAUGCGAUUGCAGAAGCCGUGGUUUUGUCCUUAAAUUCUUCUCCGCCUUACGGUAAGUUCUCAUUAUUUUAUCUUGCAAUUAACCCGGAAUUGUAUACAUCCAUCGAGUCUUUCAUUGACGUUUUUAACUUGCAUCCUUGAGCAGAUAUAAUGUAAUUGUACAAUUAUCGAUUGCUUGAAUGAAAGAACGUUACUAAAUAUAAUUUCACGAUGUGCAAUCGGCUGUGCAGUGCGAUGUUAAAGUUCGUGAUGAGUGUGACGGAACCAUUCAUGUGUGUAAUAAACUAUGAAUUUAACGCGCAUUAUCUUUAAAGUUUAUAAAUUGCUCUGCGCUUUUAUCGAAAACAUUUAACUCGACUUUAAUGAGAACACUACUAAUAAAACUCAUUUCUUCGAUCAAAUUUAAAACUGGAAUCGUCGACUUGGAAUGGUUUAAGUUUUUUGAAAGUCAGUUCGAAUUUCUAUCACUAGUUUUUUUCCUUUUUAAACCCAUAAACGUUUCUUAGUUUCCCGUUUUGAUCAAAUAUACGAGGGAAAUACUUAUUUCUCUUCAUAAGGAGGUAUAAGAAACUUCAAUUUUAUAUGGCUAUGAUUUGCUAUAUCUACCUUUGUCAAUUAUUUAGAGCACACAUUUUUUUUGAAGGCGCUUUCAGUGAAAAAGAAAAUCAUCAAUAAUCAUUUUCCUCUUUUUAUUUCUUUCAUAUCUUUAACUAUUUUACAUAAACACUGCAAUUUUUUAAAAUUUUUGGACAACAAAAUCAGUGAAGUAUCAGAAAUUAGGGAUGGAAAAAUCAGUAAUUCAUGUUGAGUUACGAUUUCGUUUGUUAAAAGGACUAACCCGUUAACCUUUGUUCUUUAACCGGUACCUGUCUGUUCUACAAAAAGACUUUUCAUUGUAUAAAUAAAACUUUCUUUGUACUUUUUAGUCUCUUGAAGAUACGUGGCUAAACAAAGAAAGGCAGCUUUUUCUGACGAAUGACAAAGAGUCUUUUGAUAUGAAAGCUAUAAUAGGAAGACCGUGGACCGCUACGAGAAAUUAAUAUAUGACUCAAUUAAAUUAUCGCAAUAGCUGCAUUUAAGUUACCAGAUUCACUUAUAGCCUGUUUCGCCAAUUGAUAAACAUUUAUCGCUCGCUUGAAAUUCAAUGAAGUUACCUACUGUGUUAGGGCAUAACUGAUCAAGUAGUAGCCAUUGUUUUUUGAGUUGACCAUUUAGUCUACUAGUGUUCAUUUCAGUGACACUUAAUCCUGGCUCGGAACUUUUUUAAAUUUAAGAUAUGUAAAUAAAUAGUUACAAUCACUUUGCCCAGUUAAGGGUCGUUGAAAGCUUAAAUGAACAGAUGGUGCUAAGAACAGACCAACGACCACCGAUAACUAGGUUAUAGCUCACACCUAGGGAGAGGUGACUCCCGUAAAAAGGUACAGGAAUGUUCGCCGAAAAAUAGGUAUUAAACCCCAAAAAGAGAUAAAACUGGGCUUUGUUUCAGCUUCAUUUAACCGCUAAAGGAAACUAUAUCGAGACAGGCAACCGCAACCACUUCCCGGAACCAAUGAAGAGUAGUGCAACGAUUCUGAAACUGAAUUUGCGUUCAUCCUGAUACGACAUCUUUCCUUUUCUACGUAUAUAUUUCUUUACACACUACUCUCCGGCAGACUUUAAGCGGUACCUUUAUGGGUAAAAUUUCUCAACACCCCUUGCGAGACCAAAAUAUUUAAUUUUUAAAUUAAAAACGCGAAACCUGGAGGGUGUAAAUUUAAAAUCGUACACCCCUAAGCAAGACGACAAGUAACCCCAUACGUGUAGUACGAUAGUUUCUCUGGAUUACAUCAAAUGAACCCUGUCGUAUAAAGCUUUGCUUAGAACCAAAGUGAGGACCCGGAUCCCUUAAUCACGCUCAGCUUCACAUUUUCCUUUUCCCCAAACAAUUUAUUUUUUUUCAUUUUGCAGGUGCCAUUAAAGAUGGAAUAAGAAUUUUUGACGGAAAGGUCAACUUCACUGCUGGUUUUAUAGCGAGAGAGGUAUAGAGAGUGCUGAAUUUUGAUGUUAAGGGAGUCGAUUGUAAUAUAUGAGUUAGCUGUUACAUCCAUGGAUUAAUGGGCGUUUUUGCCUGUGGUUCCGUCGGCUAUACUAGACAAAACAAAAAAAACUUUUGAGAUUUCCGAACAGUCCUUCUCUUUAGAGUUGUUUGUAACUAUGUAAUCAAAAGCGGGACCUCUAAAAAACGUACUUCAUUUUACCACGAUAGUGCUUAUUGAGGAUACUAUUUUUACACCGCCUUAUUUCCUACUGGAGACCGGAAUACCAUUUUACCUGGUUAUCGGAGCCACGCCAAGGCAGUGCAAAGAAGCACCUUCAUUUUUUGUUAUUUUUAAGACACUGAGUAUUGGCCAGGCCCCGGGGAUUCCCAUUCUGCAGUCAAGCUCUCCAAUGACUGAUCUAUUCUACCCAGUGCGGUUCGCAAUCCUAAAAUCUGCGGGUGCAGCAUGGCAGGGCAGUCCGAGCGCUGGACCGGUAGCAUUACUAGCUAAUUAUAAGUUCAAGUCUUCGGCCGUGCUUCUAAAUACACUUUAAAUAGGCCUUCUGGUCUGCAUCCUAAUAGUUGAUAUUUCAUCUUAAUGCGGGAACAGUAUUUCAAUAACUUGCCGUUGCUCAGCCUCAUUUAGCAAGAGAACCGCUCAGAGUAUCAUUGUCAUCUAUAUAUGAUGCCAGAAUUCAAGGAAAUUUUAAAAAGAGCAUCUUAUAUAAUUGAGAAAGUGAUUCAAUCCACUUCGGCUUUCAAUGAAAUGUUUCCUCAGUUUAGUCCGUGACUGGAGUAGAGGUCACGUUAUAUUCCCUAUUUUUUUCGUCAUUUUUGGGAUUGUUUGGGUGGACGAACUUUAGUUAUGAUUGGUCAGUAGCAGGUCAGUCGUUUCCAAAGGCACGGUGACCAAUUCUAACUCACGCUUUUCCACUCAAACGAUUCCUGAAAUCAUCGCGCCGAAAGCUUGUGUCCGUUCUCUCCAUAGCCUGUGCAGUGUCAAAUUGCAGUUUUCAUGUGGUCAUUUCUUCUUUACAGGCCAUUGCUGAAAAUCUACCUCUUACUCUCCUCACUUCCCUGUCUGUUGUGAGUGCCUUUCUAAUACCGCUGGUCGGUAUCAUAUUCGGCUGUUUCCGUUGUAAGGGCAAAUGCGGUGGAGAGUUGAUAGAGGAGGACCUGGAAACGAAUCCCAAGAAACAGCGGCAGUUGUUGACGGCUGCAAUUUCUGUUUGCUCAGCUUUGAUCAUGUGAGUAUAAUUAAACAUAUCCCUCCAAAGUAAAACAAAUGAAUUAAUAAAAUAAAUAAAUAUAUAAGAAACCACACGUUCUGUAAAGAUGGAGCUUUUGCAACGACUACGGCGACGGCUGCGUUUAUUCCAAAGCUCUCAAAAUGGCAAACGUUUGCGGUUAAGGGUUAUGCACCUAUCAAUGUAAACCCCGUGGGGGGGGGAGUGCGGGCAAGGGGUGGGGAUUUGACAAAUUUUAAAAUUUUUUGAUCAAAUUCCCCAGGGUGGGAAACGAAAGGUCAAUCAAAAGUGUCAAAAAAGCCCCCACCCCAGGGGAAAAAAUCUAAACAAACAAUACUAUAAUACUAUAUAAAACGAAUAAAAGAACAUUUCAAAAGUACGUUCUUACUACUUUUAUUUAAGGUUAACGUAAGCUCCGUUAAGUUACUCGCUGUAAUUAAGUAUUUUCUCUCUCCACUAGCAUUUCUUAUUUUGAACAACAUUGCUAUUAUAAUAUUAAUGAAACGUAAAAUGCUUUAUAACAUCUGGUCAACUUGUCGGAACAGGUCGGAUCAGUGACUCGUAAAAAAUCCUCUGACUUUCAUGGUGGAAUUCGAUUUCAAUCGUGUUUUACAAUCAGAUGGGAACUUGAAGAUACAAACUUUCUUAAAAUAGACAUUAUCUGUUUAGAUGACAGUUUAAAGUAUCGGAUUAUGGCGAUUAAAACAAAUGAAAACUUCAUACCUUUCUCCAUCCUCGGAGGCCCAGGGGCAGAUAAAGUGGGCGAGGGAAAGUCUAAACGGGCGGAAAAAUAUAUAUGGAACGAAGAAAAGUAAAGAACGGCGAGAAGAGCCCCUGGGGACAAUGUCUUACCAGACCAGUUCCAAACGGUCGCCGCCGUUCUGGCUUCUGAUUGGUGCCAGAAAACUUGUGUUUUUCUGGCAUUAAUCAGAAGCCAGAACGGCGACGACCGUUUGGAACUGGUCUCGUAAGACAUUGUCCCCAGGGGCUCUUCUUGCCGUUCUUUACUUUUCUUCGCGCCACAUUUUUCCACCCGUUUAGACUAUCCUUCGUCCCCACUAUCUGCCCCUGGGUCUCCGAGCAUGACCUUUCUCCAACAGCGUGACUUUCAGAAAGCCUCGAGGAACGGACCUGGUAACCGCUUCUGAAUUGAUACGAGGAAUACCAGGCUUCUGUCGGUCAAAGUCAAAUGUCCCGAUCCCGGGGUCGCUUCGCACGAUCAAAAGCCCGACAGCGGGGAUAGUCUCAGGCAUCAAAUCCCCACCCCUUGCCCGCACUCCCCCCGCCACGGGAUUUACAUUGAUAGGUGCAUUACACAGCGAUAAAUUGCCUGAGCGGAAGAAAAAACUUGAGCCCGGUUUGGCGGGAAACGUCGUUGUAAACAUUGAAGGCUGACAUAGAUCGUAAAUGGUUUCGACCAUGUGUACCGCCACAUCAAUUAAGCUUGGCAAGAGACUAAAAAGAAAGACGUUGACUUCAUUCGCGCUUAAAAGAAAAGGAAAUUCAAGCCUAUUCUCGCUCAGUGGUCAAAAGUACGGGUUUACUAAAAUGGUUUCAACGACUUCACAAGAAAGUAAUUCUUGAACACUGAUUUGAAGAAAAUUUGCGUGUGUUUCAAGGUGCUUUUGAAUUUAAUUAAAAAAGGCCUGAAAGAAGAUAGGAACCAUCUCUGGGUGACAGUUCCUGGAAGCUGUCCUUCUAUAAGGUGGCUCGACUGGAUUUUUUGGGGUUGAUAACUCCCAACUUUGAGCAUUAACUACGUCGGCAUGAGUAAAGAUAUGGAAAAAAGGUUACCACAACUGUAUUAUAUAAAGAUGAAAAUUUCUUAUGAUCUGGGUUUUUUUGCAAUCGGAGUCGCCAUGGCAACGUAAUGACGCCAUUACGUUUUUCAUUUAUCUUUGUGUUUCUCUGUUCCAGGAGUUUUUUGAAGAAAUCGCUUUAGGGAGUAUGUACCUGCUACAAUUGCCUCCACCAUGGCAAAGUUUGAACAAAUUCUAUGAGAGCGUUUUCGAAAUAUUUUGAAAUGUAGUUUUAAGAAUAAUAAAAACAGUGAAAUAGCAUGCUACCUACACAAUUCGCUAAUAUUUUAAGAAAAUGAUAAGCUUUGGGAACGAGGCUUCAUCUCAUAGUGGUUUGAUUCCAUUAAAAACUGCAUACGAAAAAAGAGGGGAAUUGCUCUGGGCGAUCGCGAGUAAGAAGAAUUUUAUUAACUUGCAUUUAGCUACCUUUGAUACAGUUUUGGACGUAAUUUGGUCCAUGCCUACAAAUUUCGCAUUUUUCCAAAAACCGCUCGAUAAAUUUUUUUAUAAAUUCGACAAUCCCGAGAUCAAUUGUCAAGAAAUAUUCCCUGCAAGUUUUAAGAACAUUGAAAAUAGGGAAGGCUUUUAAAUAGGGCCUCAAAUAUAGCCAAUUUUCCCCCCAGAUUUUGUGUUUACAAGUGAGCGUCCUCAUUAUUCACUGGCAUUGUUUUCAAGUUUCAUAUACACGUGCACAUUUAGCAAAGAGAUAGAAUUUGCAUCAAAAAGGACCCUCGGUUAAAUCUCCGGGAUAUGCUAAUUACCGGGUAAAGAGAUUAAUGAUACAUUAUAACAUCAGAGCAGCUCUUUGUGAGAGUUUCUGUGAUGUUAUAACCCGAGUAAGAUAAUUAAAUAUUCCAUCCUAGACGAUGAGCCGUGACGUUCACCGUUUCGGCUGUCACUGCUAUCUGUGACGAAAAGCCAAUUAUUAGAAUAUUCCGGAUAUUUCUUUGGAAAGUAAUCGAGAGUUCUUUUUGAUGCAAAUUUAUAUCUUUUGCUAGUUGUGCACGUGCAUAUGAAACUUGAAAACAAUGCCAGUGAAUAAUGAGGACGCUCACUUGUAAACACAAAAUCUGGGGGGAAAAUUGGUCAUAUUUGAGGCCCCAUUUAAAAGCCUUCCCUAUUUUCAAUGUUCUUGAAACUUGCAGGGAAUAUUUCUUGACAAUUGAUCUCGGGAUUGUCGAAUUUAUAAAAAAAUUUAUCGAGCGGUUUUUGCAAAAAUGCGAAAUUUUUAGGCUUGGACCAAAUUAUCACCAGAAACUGUAUCAAAAGCAGCUGAAUGCAAGUUAAUAAAAUUCUUCUUACUCGCGAUCGCCCAGAGCAAUUCCCCUCUUUUUUUGUAUGCAGUUUUCAGUGGAAUCAAACCACUAUGAGAUGACGCCUCGUUCCCAAAGCUUAUCAUUUUCUUAAAAUAUUAGCGAAUUGUGUGGCUAGCAUGCUAUUUCACUGUUUUUAUUAUUCUUAAAACUACAUUUCAAAAUAUUUCGAAAACGCUCUCAUAGAAUUUGUUCAAACUUUGCCAUAAUGGAGGCAAUUAUAGCAGGUACAUACUCCCUAAAGCGAUUUCUUCAAAAAGCUCCUGGAACAGAGAAACACAAAGAUAAAUGAAAAACGUAAUGGCGUCAUUACGUUGCCAUGGCGACUCCGAUUGCAAGAAAACCCAGAUCAUAAGAAAUUUUCAUCUUUAUAUAAUACAGUUGUGGUAACUUUUUUUCCAUAUCUUUACUCAUGCCGACGUAGUUAAUGCUCAAAGUUGGGAGGUAUCAACCCCAAAAAAUCCAGUCGAGCCACCUUAAAAUGAUAACAGAUAUCUUUAUCCUUUUCUUUUAGGAUUGCCGCCUUUUCAAUCAGUCUCGUUAACGAUAAAACAGAGAAAGCAGUUCCCGCUUUAGAUUCUUUGCUUAUUAACUCAAUUGUCGAUGUUAUCAUUUACAAGGAAAACACUUUAAAGGUAGGUUUAGCUGUUUAUUUCGCCAACAAACGAGAUAUUGGCACGGCUAUGCCCAAACAGCUAUGACGCUCCCCUAGUUUUUGUCCCUCUGAUUUUACAUUUCUUCACAUCCAUGCUCGUCCUACCUUUUAGGGGUCAAAUCUGUGAAUUAGUACCUCUUAGGGUGUCCAAAUCGACUGCCCUUUGAUUUAAGGUUUUGCCAAGGAUGUAAUGCCGGAAAAUGACUGAAAAGUAUCGGUUACUCAACAAUUUCUUGGUAUCACUUGGGGUUUAAGGUCAUUCCUCUGAAAUAGAACCUGCAGUGAGAUUUUUGUCCAACUUUACCUAUGGUUUUGACUGUUCUUUGUCUCGAGAAAGAAAGGUUCUUCUUAGAAAAAGGGAAAAAAUGAAGGUGCCUUGAGAAACACCCUUUUUAUAGUAAAAGCUGUCAUUUUUUGAUGGGCGCGCGCUAAUCAAGCGUGAUUCUAUGCGCAGUAAGGAUGCGCAAUGCAAUAAGCGAAUUUAAGCAAGACCCGCGAAGCGAUUUUCUGGGGUGCUUACCAUUUGGCAGAAACUGAAAACCAGAUCGAGUUGCCGAGAGGCAUGAUCAGUGGAAAGCGAUUUUGCUAUUUUCUUGCAACCGCAUACCUUUUACACGAAUCGACCUUCCGUCCCGCAAAACUGCUGAAUCUACUCACCGAAACCGCAUCCUUUGAAACCGCUCUCCAGAGUGGUUCGCAGGGCCCCGUCCAAACGAAUACGGUUAACAAACUAUGCGUUUUCAAACAUGUCCGGAUUCGUGUGGGGAGGGCCUUAUGUUCAUGAUUUGAAAUCAGGUUCCGUUUAGUAAAACCUCUUAUUUGACUGGCUUGUCUGCCGUUUUCACAAUAGGACGUAUUUCAAGGAGUGUCUACAUGACACCGGGGCGACUUUCGGGCCGGCGCGAGUUCACUCCGGUUCCCUCUAUAUUUAGUGGCCCUGUAUUUGUUUACAUGGUACCAACACAAAAUGCUAUACCGGCGCGAGUCACACUGGCGUGAGUUCACCCCAGUUGUUGUAACGGAGCGAGAAUAUCACUCCGGUACGAAAUUUCGCAACGGUAUCAUGCAAACGCCAAACGACCAUUCGUUUCGGUGUGAAAUCGGUCUGCCGGUAGACUUGAGCGGAUAGCGCAUGCGUAAUUGAAUUGCUCGUGUAUUUUAUCAACAUGAAGUUUACCUUCAUAUAAACGCGAUAUGAAAUGACCCUGUCAUCAUGUAAGCGCAAUACGAAUUAUUUGCAUUUUGGUGAACUUUUGUUCAUGAGGACACUUUUUUAUGGCUGUAUCAUACCUCUCCUAAGGGUUUGAACUGUACAUAAUCAACAAAGGCGAGUUACGUAUUCUAAAUUGUCUUUUGCUAGGAGCUAUCUGAAGUAACAGGAGAAAAUAUGAACUUUACCAUUGGGAUGAUAACAAAGGAAUUGUCAUGUAAGCAGAUUUAAUAUAUACUAAAAAAACUCUCAGAGGUUUUUGAAAACUUGAAUUAUUUGAUAAGAAGAAGAAUUUGUUUCCCCUAUGAUGAAAGAAUUGUAAAUUAGUUCCAAUAAGCUUAGAACGACUCCGCUGUUUCCGAGAAUACAAGUUCAUGAUCGUACAUCGUACAAUUAAAAAAAAUAACAAUACAACAUUAACCAGUCGUAAAAAAAAAGAAACUUUAUCAUCCCAAUUUGCAGACUGUAAUGAUCUGUAUUAUCAAAUGUAAAAUUUGCUAUAACUCGGUGAUAAUUGAUUAAAAUUUCUCUUAAAUCCAGAGAAAGUUGUAUUAUCCCAUGUUUUGGUUUCGGGAUACAGCUGAUAUCAAACUGUUGCUACUUAGGACAUGUAAAGGAACAAACCGAAAAUUUGAACGAAAACUGUUUGAUAACUUAACGUUUAUGAUCUACAGAUUUGCCGGUUAAUAUUACAACACCGGUUAUAGAGAGAUCGAGAGACGCCGUCGAUGAACUUCUUCACGACAUUAGACAACUGGGACCAAGUAAGUUUAUUUAAUGGCUGCUGACGUCCGCUGACGUCACGGCGGCCAGGUUGGUUGACAUAAACAAAGGGGAAAGAACUAGAUCACAUCGACCUAAAGCAAGAUUCAGUGACCAGCGGUUGCAAUGAAAACGAGGUUUUUGUAGCUCAUUCUCGCAGGCUCAUAAUUCUGGUUUCAGUCGAUGUUGUCAAGUGUUUUAUCAAACAAAGGUGUUUUCCUCCACUGAGAUCUAAACUCGUUUUUCAUGCAAAAUUUGUAAAAAAAAAUAUUUGUAUUGUUUUGUCAACCAACGUGGCCAGCUUAUCUCGAGGUUAAAAACCAAGAAUAGGUUUUUGGUGGACCACAUGUAGUUCGCUGUCGAACGAGAGAAAUUUGUUAAACUAUAGCAUAUCACCUCCCGGUAAAAAUCAAUAAAAGAGAUAUGUAAGUGUAAAAGUUCGAUCACAACACAAGCGAAAUUAUUCCUCAAAUAUUUCAGUUGAUCAUGACUGCGAUUCAUCAGUGAAACAUUGAUGGUGAUAAAGUUUUUAACUGAUGAAGAAACUUAAUCCGAAACGAAAAACAGCAAAGACUUGUAAUCAAAACAUACAUUUUUAUGAAGGAGAAAAGUUUGAAGGAACAUUAAUAAGGCGUAUGUACACAGUGCGGACCUAUUUUUGUAACAGUAAACAUAGCAUGCGGACCGAUACUUUACCUUCACUUUCCUUGAUUCAUAAAUUACAGAACUUACAGAACUCAAAGACUCUUUAAAGGAAGUUUCCGACACCGUUCAAAAUCUACGGACGCUUGGACAAAAACUACGUGCUGGCUUAGAUGAGGCACGAAAUAACUUGACAGAAGCAAAAACAGACUGUAAUAACGACCCUCCCUCAGUGUCGGCCGGUGCGUGUGAUAAAAUACCUGCAGGUGAUGACUUACAAGCUGAAGCAGACUUUACAAAGGUAAGAUGUCAGCGGUAAAUAGUUAUUAAUUGGAAAAUAGUUAUCUCCAGGCCCAAUCUAGUCCCGACAGGUCGCUCGCUAGAAAUGGAGAGCUUGCUCGCAGGUUAUUUUGAUUCUUGGUUUACGCUCAUGGCAAGAUGAAAAUAAUAUAGCUGUAUCUCGGUGACUAUAAAUGUUAUAUUAGUCAUAUUCAAGAUCAAACGUUUUCGAUGGUAUUGCACGAUACACUGCUUGAGCUGUUUUUAUUAUUAUUAUUAUUUUCCGCAUCACAGGUUCCAGAUGCUGCGCAGGAAUUAUCAAACAUACAAGGAAUUCUUUCUAAAUAUAAUUUUGAAGUACAAAGCACCGAGGUGAGUAGGAUUGAUAUUUUAUAAGAGAAUAAGAUGGGGACCUGGCCACAGAUCUUUGUUGCAAAUGUCAAGGGUCACCCUCCCUAAAUACAUCUGGUUUGGUUUUUGCUUUGUUACUAAAAUAAACUCUUCUUUUUUAGGGGGAGAGCAAAUUUAGUUCUAUGGCAGCCAAAGUUUACGAAACAACUAUAUCUGGCUCAGAAGGUAAGUCCUUUACGAAAAUCUGAUCUCUGGGAUAAUUCAUCGACUGAAAUUCUUUUGGAAACUGAAUAUAUGCCUUGCUGCAAUUUACGUGCUUUUUGCGCCUCGUUUGUAACUGCCCAUUUGUAACUCUCUGUACUGUUGUGUUUAAUUGCAGAGAUAACUAACUUUACUAAAGAACUUCAAGACUUUACUGCCAAGAUGGUAGACUCGAUAAGAAAAGCUAGUGAUACGGUAAAUAAUCCUUGGCGCAUAAAUCAAAUACAACUUAGCUUGUUCCAAACGUUCGGAUAGUGGAAACGACGCAAAAAGGGUUCGCGCAGCGCUCCAGUAUAUGAACGCCUGGAACUGGCUAAAUACAAUUGAAAAAGUUAUACAUGCACGUAUUGCAGACCUAUUUACUUGCAACCCAAACAAAGAAGCUUGUAUUUUUUUAACUUUCAGUUCCAAACAGACGUGUUACUUCCGACGAAAAAUGAAGUCCACAUUAUAUUUGGAAAAGGAGGGUUAUUUAACAGAUACAAUAAAUACAGGUAAAGGAAUGAAUUCAUCAAUGACAAAACAUAAAACGUGCUAUGAAACUACCGCUGUGGCGUAAAACUAGUAUAGGAAACCUUUCAUACUAGACACCUCUCACGUGCUGGAAUUUGAGAGCUUACUUGUAUGCUGGAAAUAAUGUAGUUAUUUCUUCUUUGUUUCACAGAUGGAUGACCCUUCUUUCCGUUUCGCUCGCGAUCGUAUUUGUUGUGCUGUUAACCUUCCUUUCACUUAUCUCUGGUGCCCUUGGUUCUAGUCCUUCCGACACACCGAGCACACGCUCGAACACUUCAAACUGCGCUGGACGGGCACUAAUGUGGUACGCAAAUACUAUCCUGAUGGACUGUUUCCAAUAUAAUAUAACAUGUGAUGUUCACGUGAAAACAACGUUAAUGACAAUCAAAGUGAAAUAAAAAGUAUUUGAUUGGUUGACCUAAAGAACAUGAAAACGGCUUUUUGUUGCCCGAUGUGACACGCAGACGUAACAGACCAAUAGCUUUUCUCUUCGGAAUAAUCUUUUUCUUUUUUAAUUUGCAAUGACUGGGAAUAUUUUAAUUAUUGUGCUGUUUGUGCUUCCUUCCUUAGUGUUGUCGCUCUGUAUUUCUUCAGUGCUUUUUUUCUCAAUCUCAUCCUGGCUGUGACCUUCUUUCUCGGAGCAAAUGCAACAAUUCUUUGCAAGUCAGCUGCUGACCUGAGCCUGCUAGAAAAUGUAAGUGGUAGGUGUAAGUUAGUAAGGUGAUUUUCAUUUACGAGUAAAAGAUCAGUGUAUUUAGACAUCUUUUCAUCUAACUUUAAUAAUUCGUGAGAUAUUUUUAACUAAGUUAUGUUGGUAACGCACAAUUGUUGGCAGUUAUUUUUUCUUACCAGUUUUGCUCUAGAAAAGGAAUCAAUUUCAAUUCAGUGGCAUGGUAGUAAAAAGGGUAUUUUUCAUUCUUUUCUUUAGACCAUCGAUGAUCCUUCGACGCUGGGAUAUUAUCCUGUUUCCAAGGCUGUGCUGGGGAAUGAAUUCGCCGAGAUUCGACUGUCAGAUUUGCUCAGGUAGAGACAGACAAUAAUGCUUAAGGGGUAUGCUAUGUCGGCAUGCAUAUCGCAUAGUCGUCGUGCGUAAGAGACGACUGUAUAUGUAACACAGUUCUCCUUGGUCGAUGUCUGCAAGAUUUGGAGACAGUUACUUAAUCACUAGCAACCCCUUGAAACACAAAUGAUUUAUCUUAAGCCACGGAAAAUACAAAACCAGUUACACAAAAAUUUUGAUAGGGACGACUUGGCUUGACUUAAAUUGGACGAGACAGGCGCUAACCCUUUGCCGUCAGUUAAUUUUUAGGGAAAAAAACCGCAUUUUGGACCAAAUCCUCCUUCUGAGCUUUUUUUCGGCCGGUUAGCAAGGGAAUGGCCAAAAAAGAGAUUUCCAACACUAAGGACAUAAUUUUCUGCUAAUUGUAUCUAAUAAAGGCGCUGAUUUGUUUGUCGCGCAUUUUUUUGGCGAAUCUAUUUCGAUUUUUUUUCUCGCUCUCUUUCUUUUCCCUUUGCCUUUCUCUUUAUAGCCAGUUUUGUUGCCCACCUUAUUGUCCUUUUUUUUUUGCGUGAAAUUUUGGCUGGCUUUCUUUCCAACAAAGGGAAAUUUUGGCUGGCUUUCUUUCCAACAAAGGGACAAACUCAAUCUGAAAAGAGUACUAGGAAAAUGGCAAAAUUAGAAGUGGAUUGUUUCCCCAAAUGUUGCUUGUUUUUUGUCUAUAACUCUGUUACAGACCAAAAAAGAACAAAAGCGGACUUCAAAGAGUUAACGUCAACAUGAGAAUUCCUUCUUUUCUUGGGCUUACAAACUUGUUUCAUGCUGAAAUUCGACAAUUUUAUAUGAAAAAUGGCCAAUUUCAAACAAUUUGGUAAGGUCCAUUUGUCAGGAUUGGUCAUAAUUUGCUAAAUGAGGUACCAGUGGAAAGAUCUAUCCUCGCUGAUUUUGUUAAUUAACAUCUUGACAACUUCAAUGAACAGCUUUAUGGGUCAGGAAGAUAAAUAUGCAUGGGUCCAUAUGGACCAAAAACGAACAAUGCGGACGUCAAAGAGCUGGGAUAAUAAUCACCGAAUUAAAUUUAUUAAAAAUUGUAAGUGUACAGAGCCAUCUACCUCCGAGUGUUAAAGACUCAUUGCUGAGUUUAUCGCUGCAAAUAAAACAGUGAGAUCAAAUGUUUUUUCUCACAUUAUAGACGAUGUAGUGAAAAAGAAACUCCCUGGAAGCUUCUUCGACUGGACAGUAAAUUCAACUUUGAAAACAUGACAAGUUACAAAGAAGUAAGUAUGUUACCUCCUAUCCAGACGUCUGUCUCGCUCUUGAUGAAUGUUUGCGCGCAAAGGAUGGAGGGAAGGAGGAAACGGCCAAACGGCGCUUCACCUCUACUCCUUCUUCUUCCCAAGGUUCAUUGCGCUUCGUCACCAGUCACUCGCGUGUUACUCGCGUGUGGCACUCGCCUCUGUGUGAAAGGUGAAGCGACUGAAGAGAAGGCAGCGUAAGUAUGCAUGCCCGAUACGCAUUAGGUACACCAUCAAGGUUUAUGGUGUACACAUGUAUGAAGCCUGUGUACAACCACCCCCUCCUCUCAGGACGAGAACAAAUACGCUAAGGCUUAAAAUAGCUGCAAAGGGUUAGAUUUCUUCAGCUGAGGCAAGUCCCCCAUAAGGCUUUACUUUGCAUACUCAAUUAAUCGCUACUGAGUGUUUAAAAAACAUGGGGGCUAAACAAAAAAGAACAUCCUCUUUAGAAUAAAAGGCUCGGUUUUGUUUAACUUUCGCAAAGAUCAGUCUGGACACUGGAAACGCCCGAAGUGUGGCAUCACCCAGAAUCAUUAAAGAAUACAUUUUUAACUGAGUUUUUUUUCGCACCAAUCAAUGGAAUAACAAGUUUAUUGAUUACUAAUGUGGGCAUUUUCUCGAUUACAGAAAAUUCCCCCAAUGGACGAAAUUCUUUCUCGAUUGAACAGCACUCUACUUAACAUAACCCUUGUAACAAAUGACACCAAGAAAGCUGUGAACGAUAUCUUCAACUCCGGGGUGCAAGAAAUCGAGUUCUUCAAAUACUCAACAGAGGUAUGGCCAACAAUAUUAGAAACAGGAGGCUCGAAGUUUGUGGACGGAACCAGAUAUAGAUACUAUAUUUAUUGAUUAAAGAAUUCUGUGAGCGUUUGUAUCCAGAAAUUAAGGCUCUGGAAGACAGAAGCUUCGAGAAUCCUUUGGAGAUUGAACUACAUUUUCGACAAAAAUGGGAACCGGGGUUUCCUCACCAUCGCUUCCCAUGGUAGCGAUAUUAGUAGUAAUUUGCUAUUACCGACCACUUAUCAGUUAUGGCAGUAGCGAGAGAGUUAAAGGCCGGAUAAGAGACUAAUUUAACGUAUUGGGCACUAGAAAAUUGAAUUACCUAUUUCUGUUUUGCAGGCAGCGAAACCUUUGUUGAAAAACAGUCUAUCCCUUCCAACGAUUGCAAAAGAUUUAGAAACCGCAGCCAGCGACCAAGUGAGUUUUAUUGGCUUUUACCAGCCUGAUACAGAAUAAAAUGAGUAAUACAGAGUCUUCUUCAUAUAUUUAUUUGAACAGUUAAUUUUCUAGGCACUCCUUCUUCAUCAAACCUGUUAUGUGACCUCUCUUUCAAAAUAAGCUUGUAGAAAAAGUGAGUGUGGAUGCAAUAGCUUUCACACUGUACUUUCUUUUUACUUGUGAUUUUCCUUCACGAACAGGUUUCCGAUGGUGUCGCUGAGAAACUGCGUUCAACCAAAGAUGGUUUAAACAAAUUACAAGAUGACUCAAUUAACGCAUCAAAAGUAUUAGUGGUGAGGCUGGAUAAUCUACUUUCUUUUAUUAACUUUUUUUCAUAUGACACCGGAAUUGAUAUUUGGAUUUUUGGAAGUUUUAUGUUUGUAGUAUGUCGCACUUACUCAAUUAUCCUGUCUCCUUCUUUCCAGGUUAAACUGUCUGAGAAAUCACAACUUCUGAUGGCGAAAAACAUGAAUGUAAUGGUAAGAGAGAUUGUAACAACGCCUCUCUUUGUGUAGGUUUGGUUCUUACCGCUCUCUCGAAUUCGGUCUUGUUCUUUUUAGAGAAGAGUGUUUCCUGGGGAGGAGCUCACUAACUUCGGCUUGAAAUUGAGCUUACUUGUCGUAGAAUUUUUAGGUUACCUUUGAGGAACUUGACAUGGGGCGUUUAAAUUUAUGUAUCGUUAAAAAACUAACCAAAAUAAAUUUCAUCUGAUAUGAAUCAAUCAUAACUUGGAGUUAACGCUGGAGGACAUUGUGGGGCAAGCAAAGCGUUGCAAAACGAAGACGCGAAAUCUUAAAGGCGGGAAUUAAAAAAAAAAAAAAUGAUAAAUCUAUUUUACAUUGCCAUGACAAAAAAAGUGCUAGUUUAGCUCUUAUUGGUUAAAAAAGGUUUGGUAGCCGAUCAUAAAAGCUAGCAAUUCAUGCAAGACCUACAGGAUCGUUAGGAAAUUUGCCAGGGCAGGUAAUUUGUAAUGGGAGUAUCAGUAUCAUGAUAGCACCCUGAAGGUUCCCUGGUUGGAACCACUGCAGAUUGCUUUGUGUAAAGUUAUACUGUUCACUGUUAAAUCUUUUUUCCUUCCAAAGAAUGAUGCUAAUAAAGUUGAUCUGUCAAGAAUAAAGUUCAGAAAUAUUCUGGAGGGUGAUGGCUUGAUCCUGGCAAAUGAGGUUAGUUCUGUAAAUGGGGAAGUCGACGGUGACAAGAAGGUUCAAGGCUAAAUUAUUACGCAUACAUAUGAUAUACGAUUAAAUGCAAUAAAAAUUUGGUAUCGCUGACCUCACCUCAAACUACUGUUUUUUUCGGAACGAAAGUACCAUUAUCUACGCUCACUGCUUUUUUCUUUAUCACAGGCAGGUAAGAGAUCUUUAGGACGCGCCCUAGGCUGGAUGGAUCAGUAUUUAGAAGACGCUAUUGAUAAGGUAAAUAAAGCUAUAUGCUUAAUAUGGCAACAUUUUCCUUUCUUUAAAGUAUUGAGCGAGGUGGACAAUCGCAAUGAAGUUUAAAGAACCUGGAAUUACUUUAUAAAUAAUUCUUUUGCUGCCGUCGUCAUUGAGGUUUAGGCUCUCUUAUUAAUAGUUUUAAAGAGGAAGAGCCAUUUUGAAAGAAUCCGAAAAAAAGGAGAAAGUUGUAUUGUAGGUAAAAAUAACAAUGUCCAUUUCUUUACUUAGGUACGGAAUGACGUGGGAAAUUGCCAUCCAAUCAGGGGCGUAUAUGAUGUUUUGAUAUCCGACGUGUGUGCAAAUGCUGUUGGCCUUGUGGUGAGCAUUACUCUCUUCCUUUUAUUAGAGAAUCAACAUUUUAUUACUCUUUUAUAGUUAAUAGGAUAGGCUUAAUACACAAACAAAUGAACUUCAUUACUGACUUAUUCACAUUUACUGAAUCGUUAGAAUUCAUAAGAAGCUUAAAAUUAAUUGCUGUAAGAUUGGUUUUAUUUUCAAUGUUAGGCGGUUCUAUUUCUUUGACUCGUAGACGUAGUAGCAGUGGUGUUGGUAGUGGUGUUGAAAGUGGUAGUUUAAGUGUUAGCUAGUGGUAGUGGUAGUGGGUAGUGGUAGUAGUAAUGGUGUUGGUAGUUGUAGUGGUGGUAGUGGUAGUUUUAGUUGUAGUAAGGGCGGUGCAGUGGUGGGGCAGUGGUGACGGCACUCGCGCUCGCCUCUCACCAAUGUGGCCCGGGUUCGAAUCCUGGCGUCGGCACCAUAUGUGGGUUGAGUUUUUUGUUGGUUCUCCUCCUUCAGUCCGACAGGUUUUUCUCCGGGUACUCCGGUUUUCCCCUCUCCUUAAAAACCAACACUUCCAAAUUCCAAUUCGAUCUGGCACGCACGGACAGGUUUCAACGUGUUCUUAAGAACUCCAAAGUGCUUCGUGGGUGAACAAAUUACAAAAGUUAUAAAAUUAUUUAGUGGUAGUGGUGGUUGUAGUUUUAGCAGUACUGGUGGUAGAUGGAAUAGUAGUUGUAAAAUCUGGCAUUUUUUGUUAUCGUGAUGAUAGUUGCCUUUAUAAAUUCAGUACUUUCUCCCUCUUCCCAGAAUUCCGUGUGGUUGUGCCUUGGUGUAAUAGCAAUGUUCUCUGUAAUAACCAUCAUCCUCUGCGUGCGUCUAGCUAAGCACUUACGUCGUGCUAAGACUGGCAGUGAAGAUGUUUUCUCUGAUGAGGGUACAUCAAACUACGGUGUCCCCCUGAGGCUAUUUGACAAGUUCCCAAAGGUUGACAAAAAGAAGUUUACGGUACCAUGGUAA